UCUCUCUUUUGUCUCUUUGCAUCCCAUUCUCUCUCCUCUUCACGCACUCGCCCCUCAGUCUCACAAAGUCCAUACUUUUUUUUCCUCCACCCUCCCUUUUUGGCGUCAAGAAUCUCAAAAUCCACAAAGAAACCUUUCACCCCGCACCCUUUUCUCUGCUAGGGUUUGAUUUCCAGCAAAUGCCGAGCUUCUCACUCCGUUUCUGAACUGGUUGCAUCACAUUUUGCUAAAAAUGGUGUUGAAAAUGGGGAAAAAUGUUGUUGUGCUGCUUUUCACUCUUUCUCUCCUCUUUGGCGGCGUGUGCUGCGUUUCUGCUCCUUCCUCACCCGCUAGGAUUGUUAAUGGGGCUUUCUCGAACGCAUUCUCGAUGCUGAUGAAAUGGACUCUAUCGCUCAAGGCUACUACUAAAACUGCCAUUUCGGGGCGUCCCAUGAUGAAGUUCGAGGGAGGAUACAAUGUGGAGACCGUGUUUGACGGAAGCAAGCUCGGAAUUGAGCCCUACUCCGUCGAGGUCUUGCCAGAUGGCGACCUUCUCAUUUUGGAUUCCGCUAACAGUAAUCUCUACAAGAUCGGCUCAUCCUUGUCAUUGUAUAGUAGGCCGAGGCUGGUUUCAGGGUCGGGAGACGGAUACUAUGGACAUGUGGAUGGGAAACUGAGGGAAGCAAGAAUGAAUCAUCCGAAGGGGCUUACCGUUGACGACAGAGGCAAUAUCUACAUUGCUGACACAGAUAACAUGGCGAUCCGGAAGAUAAGUGAUACAGGGGUCACAACAAUUGCUGGGGGCAAACGGGUUCGUGGAGGUGGACAUGUGGAUGGACCAAGUGAGGAUGCAAAGUUUUCAAAUGAUUUUGAUGUGGUGUAUCUUGGAAGCAGCUGCUCCCUCCUUGUUAUCGAUCGUGGAAACAAGGCAAUUAGGGAGAUUCAACUCAAUUUUGAUGAUUGUGCUUAUCAGUAUGGGAGUGGCUUCCCCCUAGGAAUUGCUGUGCUUGUAGCAGCUGGCUUCUUUGGUUACAUGCUGGCGUUGCUUCAACGCAGGGUUGGUUUGAUUGUGUCUUCUGAAAAUGAUCAAGAUGGCAUGAAUGAGAGUUUUCCCCAAAGUGAGUUUCAGAAGCCAUUAAAAUCUAUGAUGAGGCCACCAUUGAUUCCAUCUGAAGAUGAGCAGGAAAAGCAAGAAGAAAGCUUUCUGGGAUCUUUGGCGAGGCUGGUGGCACAAACGGGGGAAUCUGCUGCCGAUAUUCUAGGAGCAGUGUUUCCCAUGUUGAAGAAGAAAAAACCGAACACUCAACAUCAGAGCCAAUAUCCGUAUGAACAGCAGUUCAAGUACUCAAAUGCUUGGCCAGUGCAGGAGAGCUACGUUAUACCACAUGAAGACGAGCCUCCCUCCAUUGAAACCAGAGCUCCUACUCCUAAGAAGACGUAUGCCUUCAUGACUAAAGACUCGGAGAAAAUGCAGCAGCUUAGGCAAAGCCGUGCCUUCUAUUCUGGAUGGGAUGGCGAUCUUCAGAAGCAGCAGCAAACCAAGACACAACAGCAUCUUCAUCAGUAUCACGCAUCACCUGCUCAGACCUACUACGAGCGAAGCCCUGAGACAACUAAUGAGAUACUUUUUGGAGCAGUACAAGAGCAAGACAAAAAGAGAGAAACUGUGGUGAUCAAGCCCCUAAAGCAUGGUGUUUCUUACUAUGAUCGUCAAAACAUUCAGUCUCGACCUGGCUACAAUCAUGACCAUUGAUCAGUUAUGCAUACAAAGCUACUGUUCUUUGAUUUGAUCAAGACUACUUGCCAAAGGUUUCGGUUGUGGAAUCUGGAAUAUAGCUAGAUGCAAGAUUACAGUAUUAGUACACCUUCUUUGAGAGUGGAAUCUGUUUAUUCAAGUAGGGUAGUGCAAAGUUUACAAUGGCUAUUUCUGUUGUAGCUCUUUGAAAACAGAACUUCACCGGUCCUGUGAAAAUGGGUGGAAUUUAAUUAAAUUUUCUUCAGUAACUAAA